AUGCUGGUGGGGCUGUUGGCAGUGGUGCUCGUCAGCGAGUGGCGCACCGUCAUCCCGUUGGCGGUCUUCGUCGGCGGAUCGGCGCUCGUCGCCGUCAAAUUGGCGCUCGUGCCCAAGAAGUAUGCCCACCUGCAGGCGCAAUGCAUGGAGCCAGUGCUGUCCCACGUGUCUGAGACGUUUGACGGCUUGGCUACCAUCCGCUCACUUCAGCGUCAGCACAUGUUCAAAGACAUCUUCGAGGCUCGACAGGACGUUGCAACAUCUGCUUCCAUCGCUUUCGACGCCACCAACGCCGUCAUCAAUUUUGUCAUCAAUCUACUGGGGGCCCUUCUAAUCUCCGCCAACAUGCUUAUUUUCUUUCUCGCUGAUGAUGGGUCGGAGAGCGCCGCGGCAGCGCUGGGGCUGGUCUUCUACCUGGGCGUGGCGGGCAGCGUGCUCAUGAGCGUGCUGGUGGACAACGCCGUGGAGCUGCAGAGCUUAGCGGGCGCCCUGCGCUACGGCGCCACGGGGGCGCUGGCGCUGCGCGGCCUGUCCUUCCGCGUGCGCGCCGGCCACAAGGUGGGCGUGGUGGGGCGCACGGGCGCCGGCAAGUCGUCGCUGCUGGCGGCGCUGCUGCGCCUGGCGCCGCUGGCCGGCGGGCAGGUGCGCGUGGGCGGCGCGGACUGCGCGCGCCUGCGCAUGCGCACGGUGCGCCGCGCGGUCGCCGUGGUGCCGCAGGAGCCCGCGCUCUUCUCGGGCCCGCUGCGCCGCAGCCUGGACCCCGAGGGGGCGCUGCCCGACGCCGCGCUCUGGGAGGCCUUGGACGCCGUGGGGCUGCGCGCGCUCGCCGCGCCUCCGCAGGGGCUGGACGCGCCGCUGGGGGCGGCGGCGGGCGCGGCGGCGGCGCAGCUGAGCGCCGGCCAGCGCCAGCUGCUGUGCGUGGCGCGCGCGCUGCUGCGCAGGUGCCGCCUGCUCGUGCUGGACGAGGCCACGGCCAACGUGGACCCGCGCGCAGACGCCCUGCUGCAGGCUGCGCUGCGCAGGCAGUUCGGCGCGUGCACUGUGCUGACGGUGGCGCACCGCCUGCACACCGUGGCCGACUGCGACCGCGUGCUCGUGCUCGACGCCGGACGCCUCGCCAUCCAGCACAUCAUGAUCAUGAUGCAGCACAUGUACUUCCUCAACAUCGCGCUCAACCUCUACUUCCCGCGCGCCGCCAGCGCCGUCUCGGACGGCCUCGUCUCCGUCCGACGCAUCAAGGAGUACCUGCUGCGUGAGGAGCGACCGGAACCCGCGGUGCCGGCUAAGGGCGACGCGCUGCGGCUCCCGCCCGGCGCCCUCCCCGGACAAGUGAUCAAGUUGUCGCCCUCUACGCCCCCGCUUCUGCGCGGGGCUGUGCUGCUGCGCGACGCGGACGUGUGCUGGACGCAGGGCACGCCCGCCGUGCUGCGCGCGUUGCGCCUGCGCCUGGCGCCCGGCCAGCUCUGCGCCAUCGUGGGGCCCGUGGGCUCAGGAAAGAUCGCCCUGGUGCUGACGGGACUGUUCUCCGUGGUGAUCGCGUCCGAGUGGCGCACGGCCUUCCCGGUGGCGCUGUUCGUGGCGGCCGCCGGCUUCGCCAUGGGCAAGCUCUCCCUCGUGCCCAAGAAGAUGUGGUCACAACCGCCUGCAUUGCCUUCGACACCACCAACACAGUCAUCAACUUCAUCAUCAACCUUCUCGUCGCAAUGUUGGUGUCCGGGAACAUGCUUGUUUUCUUCCUGUCUGACACUGGAGUACGGCCCUCCGCACAUGCUGCUGCGGGACGCCGACGGCGCCUUCUCGCGGAUGGUGAGCGAAGCGGGGGCUGACACGGAGGCUCUGGUGCGCCGCGCGGCGGAAGAGGUGAGGACAAAGGGGCAGGCCACC